AUGGAGGAUAGCAAUAUUCUUGGUGAGGACCUGCCGUUCCCGCCAGCACGACUGUUCGAAAGGCUAGCGCAUUUGCCUGGAUAUACCUGGGAUCCGUCAAUCGAACCAUUUCACUCAACAUACAAUCACUGGCAUGUUUACGGUCUUCGGCACUCGGUAGAAUCCGAUGUUUCUACCCCCGCUGCAACUUCGUCGGGACCAUCGAGCUUGGCACGCAACUCCCCGCGGACCGAAUCUCGCCCACCUUUCCGUCAUCACUGGAGGAGUAGCCUGAGUGAAUCUAGUAGCGAGAUAUCGCUGUCCCGGGUGGAUCACGAGACGAUAUGGGUUCCCGUGAUAGCUCGCGUUUCUUCUCACGUUGUCAGACUUGAGCGCGAGUUUCAUAUGAUACGUUCUAUUGUCCAGACAUCCGAUCCCGACUGCAACCAUACAAUUCGACCGAUUGAUCUUAUACGAUUGCCGAGAGAUCCUGGUGAUGCGGGUCCUCUUUUGGUGGCCAUCUUCGAGUCGCCGGGCCUAAACAUGCUACAAGAGCUGGUCACCUUUGGGCCUGCAUGGUUUGCAGUCGGUAGUAAGAAUGACAGCAACGAUUCGACCCCUGGGGAGCAAGUUUCCCUUCCAGUAUUUAUUGAUUUUGCAAUUGGCACUUGCGACUGUCUGGAAAUUUUACACUAUGGACUCAAAACUGUGCAUGGCGAAAUCCGUGGCGAUGCAUUUCACUUCAACCGCGAAGAAGGUUCUGUUAGACUUACAAAUACGGGGAAUGGGGCCAAGUCUUUUGACAACGUUCUCAGCGAGGGCUGGUCUAGUCUCUCGCGAGAGCUCGGUGUCAAGAACAAACUGCAGUUCAUUGCACCAGAACAGACUGGGAGAAUGCCGACUGAACCAGAUAGCCGUACAGAUAUCUAUGCUUUAGGUGUGCUAUUCUGGACGAUGCUGGUCGGUAAGCCGGCUUUUACUGGCAGCGACCCUGUUGAAGUUGUGCAGAAUGUUCUGGGAAAGAAGCUACCACCUGUUUCAGCGAAGAGAAUGGACAUUCCGGACGCAGUCUCAGCUGUUAUUCAGAAAAUGACCCAGAAGGCUGUCAAUGAGCGCUACCAUACUAUUUCCUCGGUCAAGAGAGAUCUGACGCAGAUUUCUCAGUUACUUGGUGAUGGUGAUAGUGAAGCCUUGAAAGAUUUCCAAAUUGCUCAACGUGAUGUAUCAUCUUUCUUUACACUUCCGACUGGCAUGUUUGGGCGACGAGAAGAGUACAACAAAAUUAUAAGUGUGGUUGAAAGGGUUCACCGGCGCCAACAGUCUGCGUAUGCAAAGGCCACUGCCCAAAUUUCCAGCGGGGUCGGCUCCAGUUCCUCAAUUUCUGAUGGUCGCGUUGAUAGCUUUGAAGUUGCAUCCGGCUCGAGCGAUUCUGGCUCAUUCAAUUUAAAAACCAACACUUCCAAUGGUGGCGUUUACAAUCUCGGGCGUGUCUCUACCCAUGAGUCUAUUCAUAGCACUGAAUCAUCGCUUUCAACACCAAGGCCAGGUAUCCCUUCAAGCAAAGCAAAAAGCCCAGUGGAUUCGCGGGCAUCUUGGGAAAAUGCAGAUCGCGAUAGUCACCCCUCGACGAGCGUGAAUUCACAAAACCAUGCGGACUCUUUUGCGCCAGGCAACAGGCAUAAAACUGCACAGAAGCUUCGUCGCGCAGGGAGGUGCGAGGUAAUCACUAUUAAUGGCGUUGCCGGAAUAGGGAAAACGGAUCUUUUGAAUCGUGUCCAGCCAGCGAUCCGAAAGCUCGGCUAUAUUGCGAUUGCCCGUCUGGACCGUGCGAGGAGGGUCCCCUUUGAACCUUUUGCAAAGAUUCUUGCAGGUCUCCUCCGCCAGAUAUUUUCUGAGCGCGAUGUCACGACUGACUAUCACAAUAACGUUCGCACGGCAUUGCAGCCAAUGUGGCCUACCCUGCAUCGAGUCCUAGACCUGCCCGAGCAACUGAUGUCGUCGGGAGGAAGUGACAAGGAAGUAUCACAUAAGCUCUCGGCUGCCCGGCAUAUUUUCAAAGAAUUUUCUACUAAAGGGGAGCCGUCGAAGCGUGUUGUGCUUCCAGUACUUGACGGUGGACCCAACUCUGUGGACUUUUUCUUGUCCAACGCAGCAUUGAAGAAUAUGCGACUCAUGGAAACAUUCCUCGAAAUCCUUAAAAUUUUGUCCCAAUAUCGGUUGAUAUGCGUAUGUGUGGAUGAUCUACACUAUGCAGACGAGGAGACCCUCGAACUGGUUAUGAACAUCAUUAAAGCAAAUAUACCCUGUGUGCUUAUACUCUCAAGCCGCAAAGCUGAUUUAGAGUCUGAUACUGUCAAGUCUCUUUUUGAGACAGACAAUAGCGUGACUAGGAUUGUGCUGAAGCCGCUUGGAGAAGAAGAAAUCAUACAGAUAGUAGCGGCUACAAUGCAUCAAGAGCCUAACGCCAUGCUAACACCUCUGUCAGCUGUCAUCCUGGAGAAAAGUGUAGGAAAUCCUUUCUAUGUACGGAUGAUGCUGGAGACCUGUUAUAGCAAGAAUUGCAUCUGGUACUCGUGGAAGGACUCGAGGUGGGAGUUUGACCUGGAUAGGAUUUUCACAGAAUUCGUGGCUCCCAGGUAUGGCGAGGGCCUUGGACUUGGAUUCAUUGCACGGCGCCUCCAGGAAAUUCCAGCAGCGGCCCGAUCUAUACUCGUCUGGGGCGCGCUAUUGGGAAGUCCUUUUGCGUUCUCUUUAGUACAGAAGCUUCUUACUAGCGAGUUUCUGUAUUCCAGCGACGAUGACGAGGCUGUGGAUCUCACCUGCCCUCAGAAUGCAAAUCUCAUCAGACAGACGGAAGCCGAUAUAGUCGUUGGGCUACAGUAUCUCGUCCAAGCGAACCUUGUCAGCCCGGGAAAGACUGAUGAUGAAUUUAGGUUUGCCAAUGAUAGAAUCGCGCAAGCUGCUGCGUCGUUGACCGAGGGACGUAAUGUGGAGAAGAUGCAUUUUAUAAUAUCCCAAGCUCUGAUGAAGUAUUACCAUGAUGGUCGCAGCCGUUACUCUAUGGCCCGUCACGUUGGCCUCGCCUCCCGGAUCAUAAAGUCUCGUGUCGUGCAGCGGCUUGACUACCGGAAAAUACUAUGGGAUGCAGCGCAGACGGCUGCUCAAUCCGGUGCGCGGCCAACUGCGUUGUGGUAUUUCCGCCAUUGUAUUGCCCUUCUCCAAGAAAAUCCUUGGGAUGAUAAUAACGCCGAUGUGUAUUACGACGAGACACUGCGCUUGCACAUUGCAACCGCUGAAAUGUCAUGGUCUCAAGGUCACAACACCGAGUCACUUGAUUUACUCGACCAGGUUUUGAACCAUGGAAAAAGUGCUGUUUGUAAAUCAAGGGCUUGGAUUGUGAAGGCUAAAAUAUACGCUCAGAUGGGCAGGCAUCUCCGGUCGAUGGAUGCCCUGCUCACAUGCCUGGACGAACUUGGGGUACAUCUUCGAGAGUUCACGACUUACGAGGAAUGUGAUGCUGCAUACAAUCACCUUAAAGCAUACCUUGAAGAGGCUGGCUUGGAUGCCAUUGUCCGCAAACCCAUCAGCAAGGAUAUCAACAUGAUCACCAUCGGUACGGUGAUGGCUGAGGCGAUGGCCGUCACCUACUGGGAUGAUGCAUUGACUUUUUAUAGGAUGGCUAUCGAGAUGAUGAAUCUUCACCUUUUCAAGGGCGGUUUUGUUCAGAUCUCAAUAGGCUGCUCCCACCUUGCCAUGAUUUCGUUCAGCCGUUUCCGAGACCUCGAGCUCGCCGUAAAACUUAGUGACCAUUCAUUGAAUCUUCUUGAACGCUGUCCUGAGCCGUGGACGCAAAGCCGGGGCUCAAUUGUCCACAAUCUCUAUGUUAGCCACCUACGAGUUCCGUUGUCAUCAACCCUUCCAGCCCUUGAAUCUUCUGUGGAAGUUUCAUUAUCCAUGGGGGAUCCUUACGUAACGCUGAUCAGCCUUUCAUCUAUGGCAAUGACUCGACUUUUCCUAGGCCAUGACAUGGCUCAGUUGGAGAGCUUUUGCACUGAGAACCCAGAGGAUAUUCCGGAGUGGUCUCACGAUACCCGCGGAGGUGCUAGUCUAGUAGCAGUACGACAAGUUGCACGCGCUUUACAAGGAAAGACUUCCUAUCGAGAUCCCGCAACUAUCAUGUCGGAUGAGCAACAUUACACCAGCGAGUACAUCACUUUCUUGGGCAACAGCUCUAGUAAUGCAGAUCGGCCUCGUGAUAUCUAUUGGGGCCUGGCCAUGAUGCCCCUGUUUAUCUACGGGCAUCACACAAAAGCCGUAGAAUUAGGGGUCCAGAUGAUGGAUACCAUGCCGAGGCUGUGGUCUGCCCGUGUUGCAUAUAUUGUCUAUUUCUAUCUAUCGCUCUCCCUUCUCACAUUGCAUAAUGAUUAUCCUGACCGUGGAUACCUUGGUGAGAACCUGCAACAAGUUCUAAAGUACAAAGCCGAGGUUGACCUUGCACGGUCUGCUUGCGACGCAAAUUAUGGAAUGUGGUCAUUGAUACUAGAAGCACUUGUGUCUGAAGUACGAAGUGACCACACUUCGGCCGUUCAGGCAUUUGAGAUACAUGGGUGGCCAUUAGAGGAAGCUCUUGCUCUAGAAUUGCAUGGUGAAUUCUUGAUUAGGCGUGGUGCUAAAAGAGCUGCGCGCUCUAUCAUGCAAGAUGCCAUUGCUGCCUGGGCCUCUAUAAGUGCUAUUGGCAAAGUUGCCCAGUUGACCGAGAAACAUGAAUGGCUCUUGAAAACUGCCACUUCUUCGAGGACUGCAGACGUCGGAUGUCAAACUGUUGACUCACUUCUUGGAAUUAAUCGUAGCACUGGUCCGGAGCAUAUCGACGUCCCUCGAAAUGUGGAGGAGGAUGAUCGAAAACGUUGGAUAGAGCAGUAUGGGGUCACUACAGGUGAUCGUUCGCUUGACAUUUCCAGCGUUGGACUCGAUAUUAUUGAUCUGUCUAGCAUUCUUGAAUCCAGUCAAGUGAUGUCCUCUGAACUCCAGAUAGACAAACUCCUGACGAAGAUGAUCGAAAUGGUGCUGGAAUCUUGUAACGGGUCAGACUUUGCAGUCAUCGCCACGAAUUUUGAUGGCAGCUUCACUGUUACUGCCGCUGGAGAUCUUGAAAAGGGACAAAAGGCGUUCCUUGAUGGCCUUCCUUUCUCAGAGAUCGAGGAUAAAAUGGCACAACAUAUCUCUCACUACGUCAUGCGGACUAGAGAAGAAGUCCUCGUUCAUAAUGUCCUUGAGGAUGAGCGGUUUUCUAACGUCAGCGAGUCGUACCAGACCCGAUACCCACUUGGAAGGUCUGUGAUCGCGUUGCCUAUAAUGCAGGCAGAACAUCUUCUGGGUGUUAUUCAUAUAGAGGGCAAGCCCAACUCAUUCACGCAGCGGAAUCUUGUAGUUCUUCACCUACUCUGCAAUCAAAUCGGUAUAUCACUGUCCAAUGCAUUGCUCUUCCGGGAGGUUCGCAAAGUCAGUGCUACCAAUGCAUCCAUGGUUGAAGCGCAAAAACGUGCUCUUGCACAGGCUCGCGAGGCAGAACAAAAAGCGAAGGUGGCUGAAGCGGAGGCAAAGCACAACGUCAAAUUGAAAGAAGAUGCGGCAAAAGCGAAAUCCAUCUUCUUGGCUAAUAUUUCUCAUGACCUACGCACACCAAUGAAUGGUGUUAUUGGCUUGUCUGAGCUUCUCAAGGGCACUAAAAUGGACAAGGAGCAGGAUGAAUACGUGGAGUCCAUCCGUGUCUGCGCUGAUACAUUGCUCACGCUUAUCAAUGACAUCCUAGACUUCUCCAAGCUAGAAGCAGGGAAAAUGAAGAUCUCUACUGUUCCCCUCAAUAUCAAAGAAACCAUAUCAGAGGUUGUACGGGCACUUCGUUACACGCAUCGGGACCGUGGGCUAGAAACAAUUGAGGACUUGGAACAAGUUCCACCGGAUCUUGUGGUACUUGGUGACCCUGUUCGUUUGCAUCAGAUCUUCAUGAAUCUCCUCAGCAAUAGCUACAAGUUCACACCAAAAGGAUCCGUGACUGUCAAGGCACUAGUGAAUCGAGAAGGCAAAGGUCGUGUGCGCCUUGAAUGCACAGUGUCUGACACGGGAAUUGGGAUUCCCGAAGAGCAAAAAUCUCGACUUUUCAGACCGUUCUCACAGGCCGACAGUUCCACAGCAAGAUCAUACGGUGGCAGUGGACUCGGCCUAAGUAUUUGCAAGGCGAUUAUAGAGGACGUCCUAGGGGGUGCUAUCUGGCUCGACUCGACCCCGGGUGUUGGCACCAAUGUGACUUUCCACUUAUCGUUCAACAAGGCCAAGGACGCCUUUUCGAAGACGCCUUGGUCAAAGAGUAUGAAACAAGGAGAAACAGACCCCUCCACGAUCACAGUUCGUGAUCUAACAAUGGUUCCUCGUGACCAGAUUCGGGUCUGUAUCGCCGAGGAUAAUCCGAUUAACCAGAAAAUUGCCGUCAAGUUCGUGACCGGUCUCAAUUUGCAGUGCGAAGCGUACAGUGACGGGCGACAGGCAGUGGACGCUCUGCGUACUCGUUCACGUGAGGGGAAUCCGUUCCACGUAGUUCUGAUGGAUGUGCAAAUGCCCACACUUGAUGGCUACAACGCAACCCGCGAACUUCGCCGAGACCCAGAUCCCAAUGUCAACAAGGCCCUAGUUAUAGCCAUGACUGCCAGCGCCAUUGAAGGGGACCGCGAGAAGUGCCUAAGCGCUGGAAUGAACAACUACCUCCCAAAGCCGGUUCGGUCCACUGUCCUGAGCGAGAUGUUAGACCAAUAUCUAGCACCAGUACCCACUUAUACACGGACGCGGCUUGCAUUUAGAGGAAGCGUCAGCAAUGAAAGUGGCACGCCCAAUAGCUCUGCAUCUUCUGGCUCUGAAAAGGCCAUCAAGUUAACACCAAACGAGCAGAAGAAACCACCUCAGGAUUCAUCAGAGACGAAUUAA